CGGCUCCUGUUUGGUGUGUGUGUAUACGUGUGCCACAUGUGGAUCACCUUUGCACACUGAUGAGCGCUCACGUCAUACACUCGCACGCCCGUCCGCGUUCUGUCACACGAGUACACGUUCGGAGAGCGAGAGACUACAGGCAGGACACCUCUGUAUGUGUGCGUGGCUACAUUCACUUUUGAUGAAAAUAAAUGAAAACCACCAACUGAGCGCCCCGUGCACUCGGUAACGUGGGUCCGGAUCGAAGCGCUGCGAAAUUUGCACAGUCGAAAGCACAAGGCGCACCAGAGGUUCGACAGGUCCAGUGUGUGUGUCUACAGCCCGGUGGUUACCAGCGCAGCAAAGGGUGCAGUGUGUGUGCGUGCGUGCGUGCAAGCGUGGGUGUUUGCAGUGUUUUUUGUGUUAGCUUUGUCCAUCUAAUCACUUGCCGAGCCUGCAAAAGCGGGCAGACUCGCAAGAACGUGCAAACCUCUCGGGGCUGGCCAGGUCAGAGAGCCAGCAAAUACCAUUAAAAACGAAUAAUAAAAUUGGUAGAGUGAAGCGGCGCAUCCGGUAACUGCAGGUGUGCCUCCGCCCAAAAUCCCUGCCGUACCCACAAUACCCGGUCGUCCCAUCCGUUCAGACGGGAUGGGCAGGCUCUAGCUGUAAAAAAGAAUUGCUCGUGAUCCCGGUCAUCCACUAGUGCAUGUCCCCCCCGGACCCCUGAAUGUUUGCUAUUAUGUUUUGUACCGUUGUUCGCUGCCUCACUGGUUCCGUUGUCGCGUCUGCACUUGGACAAUUCAACCAAACUCAACCGCCUCUAUCUAUCAACGCAAAAACGCAUCUCAAACGGGCACGGCGUGGCAGCAACUCCUAAACGACUCACCCGGGCGUGAGUGAACGCUACCAAAUUGUGUUAAGCAGUAAGAUAAGGAGACACCGGUUACACACUCGCCAAAUGCGUAAACCAUCAUUCGAUUGCAAAUGAAGACAAAUGGAAAAUAGAAUCAAAUUAACAAAAAGCAACAAACCUGCAAAAACCAACAAGCAUAACCGAAAAACACCAUUAUAAAACAUUAAACCGUAACGUUUCAAUUUGAUGAGCAUUAUUAAUAUCUACAGAGUCGUGGCCCCGGCAGCACCAAACUGACAAAACUGAUAACGGAAAAGCAAAUAAAUUUACUAGAAAAUAAACGACAUCCAAAUAAUCGUAUACACCUAAUCUAAAAAAUCAAACAGAUAAAUGGCAUGAAGAGCUAAUGUAAUUUAUCGAACCAAAAGCAAAAAAAAAACCAAAAACAACAAACAAAAGCAAAAUCUUAAUUACAAGGGAAAAUAAAGCAAAUAAUAAGACGCUCGUAAAGCAAAUAAUUAUUUCAGGAAAUUAGGCACUAGAGCAACACAGUGGCUAAAACAUGGGCGCUUAAUAUAUAUAUUUAUGUAUAUAUAUAAAUACAAAAAUACCUAGAAAUACAUCCAGUGGAAAUAUCGGAGGCAGCGUGUUACACCGAGGCCAAGGGUAGCAUCGCGGAAGGAGGAGACCCGCCUCAAAUCGUACCGCAACAAAACUUUAAGCAGAAAAGCAAUAAUCCUAACAAAUAGCAACCAGUAUAGGUUUAUUAAUUGACUAACCUAUUGUCGUGUUGCAAAAACCUUUGAAGUAAACGUAUACUCCUACCACCACUCCCUCUUGUAAUACCAUUCCUCAUCGUGGUGACGGUGAGCAUUUUUCACAUUGGAUCGUGUUUGCAAACAGUCCAGUUCAAAGAUAUUAUCACGACGAUACUAAGAAGAGUGAGAAAUAUUGAGUGUGUGUAAAAGAGAAAGAGAGACAAUGAGAGGCAAAGGGAGAGAAAGAUAGAGAGAGAGAGAAAAAGUGACCGUUGAUUUAUCGACUACCUGUCAAUCCGGUAGCGAGUAGUACGAUAUUCAGUAGUGUUGCUGUUUAGUGUACCGUCUACCUACUAAGGCUCUGAAUGUGCCGUACGUUUGGGUUUGUGUGUUUAUAAAGUGCGAUCGGUAGCUGCUUUGGAACAAUGAGCGGUGAGCAAGUGUGACGCUUGCAACGCAAUAAUCGCAACCCGAACUAACCUCAUCAAACGAUUGUAAAACCGAUGGCGACCGCUUCCAACGCAUGUACUGCUUCGUGCCAAUGCGUAGGAGCUGGUGGUCUGUGUGCGCGUCCAAGCGAUCGCAGUUAGUGUCCAUGCGGUGCGCGGGUUCGUGUAUUCGAUCGCGUCCGGUGCCGUGUGCGCGAUGAGGAUUGCAGCAGCUGGACAAGCGGCUAGCAAGUGUGCGCAGUGCGGUGGCAGGUAGUGCCUAGAACGAUCGAUCGCAUUGCCGAUCGAUACUACUAGCACACGCGACGCACACAAAAUACGAUCAAGGAACGACGCGAAGUUCGGUGGUUUGUGCGUGAGUGAGUGUGUGUGUAUGUUCAAGAUAGUCACUCUUUCACUCUAGGUCGCAAUCAAAACUCCACUCAUUCAGCUCACUAUUCGACUGCGCGAUAGACAACCACGAGAGGGCGACAGAGCCCAAAUAUAUACACCAAGCAAACAUUCUCAGCAACCAACCAGUACCUAGACAUAUAGAAAUAGAGAGAGUGUGUGUGUGUGAGAGAGAGAGAGAGAGAGAGAGAGAGAGAGAGAAAGAGAGAGAUAUGUAAUGUGAAAAAGGGAAAAUAAAACAAACAGUUUAUCUCCACACUUGAGUGAAAGCCUUUCUGACGUAUAUGUACGUGUAUGUGUACGUGUGAAUGUAUGUGCAGUUUCGUUUGCAUUCAAAGUGUCGUGGUAAAUUGCACUUCGGAUCCUAACCCCUGCACACAUCCGUUGAGUCUAGUGUGCGCAUACACACCUGUAAACAGUGACGGAUUCCGACCCCAACGAGGUGCUGUGUUUCAACGUGCGAACUAUACGUGCUGUAGGGCGUGAGUAGAAGUGUGGGGUUCGGUGAUCGUUCCAUCAUCUGACACGGGAAGCAACACACCCAGAGAGUGUCGUGGUAAAAUGUCGCUUGAAGAUUCGUGGUUUCACCGGUACCUGCCGCUUAGUCGGUGCGCGUCAACAACCGGACGGAGGAACAUUUCUCGGUGGCCGUCGUCAUCGUCGUGGUUACUGCUGGUCACACUAAUCCUGAUCAGCGCCCCUGGAAGACUACAGUCAUCAGCAGCAGACGAUCGGGGACUUCACAAACGAGAAGCUGACUACACUCUGGAUGAUUCAUUCUGGAAUGAGGAAAGUCCAGUAGGUGAGGUCGAGCGUUUACUGAAGGAGCACCAGCAAAACCAGGAGCUAGUGGAUAAGAUCGGUAGCAGCUACUACCAGAUUAUCUAUCCCGUACAGCUGCGCCAUCAUGAGAAGAUGGGCAUCUCGACGCGAGAAGUUAACCAGCCAAAGUUUCCACAGCGUGGCUAUGACGGUAGCUACUCCGGCAGUGGCGGUGGCCGUGGUCGAUCGAGGACUGGGAAGCAUUUUCAUCGAACAUCACUUUUGAUAAAAGCUUUUAACCAUAAAUUUCGAUUAGAUUUGGAAUUAAAUACACAAUUACUAGCUCCCAACAUUGUACAGAAGCACUAUCUACCUAGCGGGUUCGCUCAGGAUUCACAUCGAGAAAUUGAACACUGCUAUUACCACGGUACGGUUAAAGACUAUCCGGGAGCUAGUGCAGCCUUCCACACCUGCAACGGUGUCAGCGGUGUGAUACACGUCGGUAAUGAAACGUUUGUUAUUCAUCCAUUUUACGGAGGUGAUUUAUCGAAACAUCCACAUGUUAUAUUUGAAGCACGUACAAAAUCAAAUAAAGGCUGUGCGAAUUCUGGCAACCUCGAGUGGAGGACGCGAUCGAUACGCCGCGGCAGCAGCCACCAUGCCGGGUUAGUAGAGCUGAUCGAUCGCAACGGUGCUGGCCGGUACAGGCGGGAUGUGCGCGAAACCACCAAGUACAUCGAAACGGCCCUCAUUAUCGACAAGGCGAUGUUCCAGAAGCGCAACGGCAGCACCCGGACGGAGGUGGUCCACGAUGCCAUACAGGUGGCGAACAUUGCUGAUCUGUACUUCCGUACUCUGAACACACGCGUGUCCGUUGUAUAUAUCGAAACAUGGCAGGGCCAAAACCAGGCCCAAAUCGACGGAGGCAAAGAUAUUAGCAAAGCAAUAUCCAAUUUUAACGACUAUACAUCUAGGAAUUUGUAUAAAAUAGAUAAAGAUACAACCCAGCUGCUGACUGGCGAGACAUUCGCCGGUGGUGAAGUUGGCAUGUCCGUUCCGGAAACCGUGUGCACACCGAAGGCUGUUGGCAUAAGCGUAGACAUGAAUCCUUAUGAGCCGCAUCUGCUCGCCGGAACGAUGGCGCACAUGAUAGGACACAACAUUGGCAUGGGUCACGACGAUAAUCGUGACGAAUGCAUCUGUCGCGACUGGCAUGGUUGCAUUAUGUCGCAAUCGAUUGUCGGUCUGGAGAACGUACAGCCGUAUAAGUUUUCCGAAUGCAGCCGACUGGAUUACAUCGAUGCGUUGCGCAUCGGACACGGUCUUUGUUUGUUGAACAAACCGAAUGAGGUGGAGCUUCGUAAGAACUGCGGCAACGGGAUCGUGGAAGACGACGAGGAGUGCGACUGUGGCAGUGCGCUCGAUUGCGACAAGACGGAUCCGUGUUGUGACGGCAUCACCUGCAAGCUAAAAAAGGAGUCCCAGUGCGCGACUGGGCCCUGCUGUGAUAAAUGUAUUCUAAAGCCUCCGGGCGUCAUAUGCCGCGAUGCGCACAACGAGUGCGACCUACCCGAGUACUGCAAUGGCGAGUCUGGCCAGUGCCCGCCCGAUGUACAUAAAAAGAAUGGCAACCCGUGCGGCAUGAACUCUACCGGCUUCUCUACAGGUUACUGCUUCAAUGGUGUUUGCCCUACGCAGGCCGCCCAGUGCGAGCGAAUCUGGGGUUACAGCGGUACCGGUGCCGAUCGAGUGUGCUACGAACAGUUCAACUCGAAGGGCUCCAUCAACGGCCAUUGCGGCAAGGACGGCAAUGGCAACUACAUCAAAUGCGAGCCAGAGAAUAUUCAGUGCGGUUCACUCCAGUGCAAGGAUGGCGACCGUACGCCAGUGGAGGACUGCUGCGAACAUUUGUACUCGAGGGCAAUCAUCUCCAUACGCGGCACCGAGUACGAAUGCAAGUCAAUCACUGGAGCGUCCACUAACUCCAACACGCCACCGUACGGACUGGUACGCGACGGUACACCGUGCGGUGAUAAUCUGAUCUGCGUCAAUCAGACUUGCGUCAGUAUCUUUCCAUACAUCGAUCAAACAAAGUGUCCGACGAACCAUAACAAUCUCGAAUGCUCCGGCAAUGGGGACUGUACCAACAACAAUAAGUGCUUCUGCAAGUUUGGCUGGACUGGCCCGGAUUGCUCAAUUCAGGCGCAUAUCACUACCACGUACCCGUCGCUGAUCACGUCCACCACGUCGGAAAGCACUAUCAUCAUGGAGAAGAAAACGACUCGCUACGCCAACUACCACGGCUCAAACACAGUGUUUCUAGUCGGUGUUUUAAUGUCGGUUGUUGGGGGUGUUUUUAUAACGUUUGCUCUGAUGGCUUUGUGCUACAGGUCAGUUGUAGUACAUAAUAACUUCUCCUUGUGCCUAAGAAAGAAAACGACGCGCCUUAAGUAUGACCCACCGUACGUGAAGAAACCGAUGGCGAAGUACGUAGGGGGCGCCACGGCGGCAAACCAUCACUCGCAGGACGACGUUUCACUGGAGGGCUCGAACAAGAUGAUGUUCGGCAAUCAAACAACCCAGUUCAGAGACCACAAAGCCAUCCGCCGAAUGACCGGAUCAGUCAGCGAAGACGACCCGACCCAUUCCGGCGAGGAGGAGACGGUAUCGUUCAUCGAUCUGCCACCGAACAGUCUGCUGAACAAGCAGAUGCCGGAGAAGGGCAUCCUGAAGAAGCACGGUCUCGGACUGGUGCUGGGCGACGGGACCAAAGACAAGUGGCACGCGGCGAACGAUGACGCGCAGUCCGAUAAUCUCGAAUUGAUUGCUCAGCAAGAAUCCACUAUUCCUUCAUCAGGUGGCCAGGUGGUCGUCGGAGGCGGCGGCGGCGUGGGCGUCGGCGGUGGCGUGGGCGGCGGUGUCGGUGGUUUGGGCGGACCAGGCGUCAUCGGGGGCGUCCUCGGCGGCGGUGUUGGCGGCGGUGGGGGCAUCAUUGGCAGCGGGGGUCUCGGGCCGGGCGUUGGAGGCGUGCUCGGCACCGUCUCAGACGUGGAGCGGACGAUGAAGAGCCUGAACGGCUACCACGAGGACAUCCUCGAAGCGCUCCGUUCGGCCGCGCAGGCCCAGCGGAGCAGCGCGAACACUCCAUCCGGUAGCAUCAGCGAGGAGCUGCUGCGGAAAACGCUGGCCGAGUGCGUAACCGGGUCGCAGAUCAGUGCCGCCAGCGUCCAUCCGCAGGAUCGCGAGUACAAGCGGAGCGUCAGCUCGCGCACCGGCAGCCGGGAGAACGUGUGCGAACCGCAGCCGCACGUGUUGAGCGACGCCGGCCAGACGGCAACGCUGCUCCAUCAUCACCGCCAGCAGCAGCAGCAGCAGCAACAGCAGCAGCAGCAUCAGGUCCAGCAGGGUCUGCUCGGGGACGAGGACGAUACGCCCUCUGUUGGGCCGCUGCGCAUCCGCAACCUGGAGGACUUGAUCCGCCAACUUGAGCACCAUUCGUCGCGGCACAUGAGCCCGAGCGGCUCGGAAGAUAUACGCAUGUCUGAGACUGAGGCCGACCGGCACUAUAGGGUAGAUAGUUCAGCCGCCUGUAGCGAAUCAUCCCAUGGCUCGAAUCAACAACUAGCUCAGGUACAAAAAACCGCCACUAUACUGCCACCGUACAGCAGCCGCUGCCGGCCCCCACGCUCCGACGACGAGGGCCGCUUCUCGUAUGGAGGCGCCGGUGGCCCCGGUGGCGGUGGUGGCGGUGGCGUCAUGGUCGGUGCAGGCGGAGGCAGCGGCACCGUUUCCGGGACAGGGCGCUACCGGCAUCCGGCCAGCAUACGGCACCAGGGCCACCAGUCCCAUUCGCCUCACUCGCCUCACUCGUUUGCCCACCAUACGCACCACGGGCACGCGCAUGGGCACUCCUCCCAUGCCGGCCAUUCGUCGCACCAUUCGUCCCACACGCACCUGCACCAGGACGAGGAGGGCAUCUACGAGAGUGCCGACCCCGUGCAUCCGCACGCACACCCGCACGAUCGGUCCGGACUCGACCAGCGCGACACCAACGAUAGCGAAAGUACCUGAGCGGAACCGGCGUUAUUCGGCAUGCGACAACCUUGGCUAUAGUUACCAUCGGUCCCAUACAUAUGGCUCCGUUUAUGGUAACCGACCGGUCACAAAAAAUGGAGACAGGCGGAGAGUGAGAGAAAGACACAGUAAACAUCUACACAGGUGAUAGUAAGCGACAAGAAAAAUGCCGAGAAGAUAAAUCCUUAUCAAACCUAGAGCAGUGAAAUCGAGUUUCUUCAACGUGAACACAAAAGGGAAAAUAAUAUGAAUGAGACAUGAAAGGAUAAACUAAAAUGGAACAGAUACCUAAAAAAAACAAACGAGAAAGAAACGUAGUAAAUUUGAUGAGAACUAUGGUAGAUAAUGUGCAUUUCAGAAAAAAUCAUCACAACACCACUACUGCUUUACCAUACUUUCUUCGCAUGGUUUUUAUAAAGCCGUAUUCACACAGCCCAUAUCCUAAAAGAAAAUGUCAGCUAAAUACACUUUUUUCUACAAGGACCGGGAAAAUCGUGUAGCAUUCGAAAGCCGAGCAAUCCAAGCUAUCCAUCGCUGGUUGGACAACAAGAAUAUUUUGCUGUAAUAUUUUGGAAGACCGAAAGCAUUUUCGCGUUUAAACAUUUUUUUUUUUUUCGAAUGCUCCCUAUGCAAAAGUCUGCUAACUGUGGUAUAGUGUGGCUUACGUAUAACAAGAACCCGCGUUUUUACGAUUUUUUUUAAUUAUAUUUUUUGUAUCCGUUCUUCCUUUUCUGACACUUGUUUCUGGCAAAAGGGGAAAGAUUUGCAAACAAAGAUAUGACUUGUGUGAGCGUUCCUUAUGUUUGUCUUUCAUUUGAUAUGUUUCUUCAAUACUGUUCGCUAUGCUCUUUAUUUUAUCGUUUAUUGUCUUCUCAUUGUAUAGUCACAAUUAUUUUACAGGAUGUUUCGAGCCAAUAACGAAUGUAAAUAGCAUUAUUAAUCAAUCACGCGAUGUUUUUCAACGACUGUCAAUCGAACAUUUAACAGCUGUAGAAAACCGUUUUUGACCGAUUAAUAAUGCAAUUAAUAUUCGAAACUGACUCGGAAAACCCUAUAUUUACAUACAUAUAUUUGCCAUUGCAACCAUGUAUGGCUCAUGUUUGAUCUAAUAUGCUCAUUUGACUAUAAUAUGUUGAUGUAAUUCCUACCAAUACCUUAUUUCAGUCGUAGUAAGAGAACACUUUAGUAAAUUUAUUGCAAUUAAAAAGGAAUAAAUAGCAAAAAAAGGAAAAUUAAGAACAAAUAGAAAUCUAAUUGCUCAUCUUAGCCGGAGUAGAACAAUAGUGAAAAAACCUCAAAACAGCCCAUUUCGUGCAAACGUCAAUUUGGUUUGAAAAUAUCGAAACGCUCAUUUGCACUAAGGACAAUUAGCCUUGCUAAAAAAGCGUCGCAACCGUGCACAAAUAUACGCACACAUAAAUAUGCACCAGGCACUCAAGGGACUCUUCCGUGCGGUAAAGGUUAGGGUUAGCUAUUUCCUUUUUGUACCAAAGUUUGGUAGGUAGUACCCUAUUCAGAGCGAUCGGUUGUAUGUCAGCGUGUCAAAAAUAUUCGCAUAGUUUUGCAUAGCCCUUACAGUAAAUCUCGACGAUUAUGCAUUGUUCUUCAAGUGAAGUAUGGGAUUGGGACAAUUGACAUUUGACAUAUUGUUUUACGCAACGUUUAACAAAACACGGUGUACUCUCUUGUCGCGUGUGCAAUGGCUUUAUAACAAAUAUGUCAAAUGUUAAAGUGCCAGCCAGUCUUGUACACCGCCCCUGUAGGCUUUGUGCUGUCUCAAACUGAAUGCGACCACUUUGUUGUCGAGCGCAAACCAACACAGCAUAGCGAGAUGUGAAUGAAGAAAAUAAGUAAACAAGAAAGGCAAGCAACUGUCGUUCUGAAGCACCAACAACAACAAAAUGAAACAUGUCAAACAAACACAGACAAAGGGAUAAUUUAAUAACGUAUAAAAUUUAAUUAAAACAAACAACAGAAACGCUUCAGUAGAGAAUAAAAGACAGUUUGAUCGAAAAUGAAAACAGAAAGAAAACAAGAAAGAGAGCUAUGAAGAUCGAAAGACAGAGAGAACGAAGGAUAAACAAUAAACUUAAACACAAUACUACAGUAAUUGAAGAUAUCAGUUGAAACAAGUAACUUCCCUCAUCCCUCGCUGUAUCAACCCAAUCAACAUCUCCUUCUUUAAACAGAUAAACAUGAGCCGGAUGCUGCGCAACGUAAUGAAUUGAAGGCAACAACCAAAAACGGGAGUCCACAAGACGACCCUAAGGAAAGUGUUAGUUGAUAGAAGUACAACUAACGUACACGACCAUGCAUACAGGAGAUAGAGGAAGGAAACGAAGAAAACACAUAGCCCUGAUAAUGAACUCUUAUAUAAUAAAUCAAAAUAGAAUAAUUCAUCCAGUCAUUAUAUAGAAUGCGUAAAUGUAGCACUUGUGAGCGAAAAUGAAUUAAAAAGAAGAAACUGCUGAAGACGAAAAGAGAAAACGGUCACACACAUAAGAUGAGGAAUGAAAAAUUGUCGUAAACGUUAUUCUAAAUUAAUUGUACAUAUUUGUCACUAGCGUCACUAGUUAACUAGAAGUUAAGAAAUAUAGAGCUGAAAUGAAACAUCCUGUGUAAUGCUGAGGGUAAAGAAUAUAGCGAGAGAAAACUAAUGCAGAGGAAAUCAAAUUCCCAACAACAACAAAAUAACGAUGAGAACACCGAAAUAGUCGUUUGGUAGUGACGACGCGUUCGACGUAUAGUAUAAUGCAUGGGAGUAACACAUAAAACACACACACAUACACUCAUAUGCACACGCGCACACACACACUCACACAACACUAAUACAAUCAAACAAACGUACAUCUCAAUUAUGACCUUAAUAUUACUAUCCUCUUUUACUGGCAGACCGAUAAACACUAACCCUCACAAACAUGUAAACAGGACAA